GUUACAUCCAGUAUUCAGUUGGUUCGGUGGCACGAUGGGUGUAGGUUUGGCAAUUUUGAUAAUUGGCUUCGCUGCAUUGUUUGCAGCAUUCCUUCUGCUCUUAAUUGGCCUCGUGUAUGCUGAAUUAAUGAAUUCGGAAAUUCCUCCUGGGGUAACUAGUCGUCCGAAGCUACACGCCGUUCAUAUCUUGUUUGUCGGAGUAGCAAUCGUGGGCCGGAUUCUGGAGCGCCUGGGUCUGUGCCAGCAGGUCAGCAUCAUCCGCUGGGCCUACGCCCGCCUGCUGGUCUGCAGGAGGCCAGCCGCGCCCGGCCUGCACAUCAGAGACCUGACGUUCGGGGAGGUGCCAGUACGGGUUUAUCAGCCGACAGCGCCCUCUUCAGGUGGAAGGAGGGGGCUGCUCUAUUUCCACGGCGGGGGCUGGGUCACUGGAAGUAUUGACAUCGCGGAUGAGGUCUGCAGGUACAUUGCCAAGGAGUCGGAAACCACGGUUGUGUCAGUUGGUUACCGGCUCGCUCCAGAACACAGAUAUCCAGCCGCACUGGAUGACUGUGAGGUCGCCACCCAUCAUUUCCUGUCGGUGGCUGAGGCGGAGUUUGGAGUGGACCCACGCAGGGUCGCAGUGGGUGGGGACAGCACUGGCGGCAACCUGGCGGCAGCUCUGUGCCAACGGCUGGCAAAGAAAACGGACGGCCAUCUGUCCUCUCCCUGUGCCCAGGUCCUAAUCUACCCUAUCCUGCAGAUGGCAGAUUUCAGCUUGCCCUCGUACCAGCAGAACCACGCCGUGCCCAUAUUGUUUCGCGGCCGGGCUGCCUUCUACUACCUGCAGUACCUGAACGGGGACGUGUCGGUAUGCCAGGACGUCCUGGAGGGAAGCCACGUUCACCAGGACUGCAGGCUGCAGUACGGGAAGUGGCUGUCCCCGGAGCUCCUCCCACCCGAGUUCCUGGCGCGGGGGUACAGGCCGGUGGAGCCGCCGCCCUACGACGGCGAGGUGUACCACGUCGUCCGGGGGGGCCUGGACCCCGAGGUGUCCCCCCUGCUGGGAGAGGACGAGGUCGUCCGUCGGACGCCCCCCGCCUUCGUCCUCACCUGCGAGUACGACGUCCUGAGGGACGACGGGCUGCUGUACCGCAAGCGCCUGGAGGACCUGGGGGUGGGCGUGGCCUGGCACCAUGUCCCCGACGGCUUCCACGGGAUCGUCAGCUUCUACAACUGCGGGUGGCUCAGCUUCCCCGCGGCGCGGCCCACCCUGGACAGCAUCGUGCGCUAUGUGGAGACGCUCUGAGCAGAAGGGCGGGGUUUAAGGCAGGGCCUGUAUCACGUGCUGCUGAAAUAAAAAUACACAGGGAGACUGAAUGAGGGACUACAGAAAUGCUUUUUGGUUGAUUUGCAUGGCUUCUCUGCAAAUCAAAUAAAUUGAAAUAUAUGUGUCUGUCUGACCAGUUAAUCAAUCAAUCACCGACCAAUAAUGAAUCUACAUUUAUUGUCAAUACUAACCAUAUUAUAUAUACUUUGGGAUUAUUUCAAUGUGAUGCUUCAUGCUUGGGAGAUUGUACAGUUCACGUUUUGAAUUUGGGCCGCUGUUCCAUUUUGAAAAUGCAAGGCCACAGAAAUGGGUGUAUUAAAUAUCUCGUCUUGGAAAAAUAAACAUGAGAGCCCAAAACUGAGGGAAAUUUCACUUAAAUAUAUUCUUUU